AUGACCGCACUCCAGACUGCUCUUGCGCCAUUCACGCUGAAGGGGUUCUACCUUCUUACUUGGGGUACCACCCUCGGAGCGAACGUGUGGAACACUGUGUCCGGCUACCGCACAUACAAGACCCUCCCGCGGGCCACCUUCGGUACCCUCCAAUCCCGGCUCACACCCCUCUACUUCUCAUUCUCCACCCUCUCCUCGGCCGCUUUGCUGCUUACGCACCUCUACUUCCACCCCGCCCUCAUCUCGUUUUCGUCCUUCUUUGGCCCCCUCAACUGGCGGUCCUCCGAGGAAGGCCGACAGGGUCUCUUGAUCCUCGGCGCGCUGGUCCCCCAGGCGGUCAACUGGUUCUAUGCCGGACCAAAGGCGACCGAGAAGAUGUUUGCGAGGCACAGGCUGGAGAAGAUGGAGGGCAAGUCGUAUGAUGAGGCUAGCCCAUCAGAGGCGAUGCAGAAGCUCAACAAGUCGUUUGCUGGGCUGCACGGCCUCGUCUCUUCCCUCAACACCGUUUCAUUCAUCUCCCUCGCCGGUCUCGGUCUCGCCGUCAGCAUGUAA